CACACAGCAACCGCUUCGAUGCAAUCCAGUUUAACUGUCACUGAAACAUGAAUUUAUGACUGGUGGGCCACCUCCACGGGUUUAUCCUAGUCUACGCCGAUCAUGCGACUUUAUUCUGAACGCUGAAUCAACUAGUCGAUAAUCAUCGAGCCACCACUAUAUGACAAUACAAAAAACUUCAAGUCUCAAUGCCACCAGGAGAAGAAAUAAUUAUAGAUCUAACAUCUUCUUCUUCUCCUGCACUGCAAAGUAAUCCGGAGAAGAAGAAGAAGCAGAACAAACAAACUGCCUCCGCUCAAACAUUUGAGUUUGUAUCGUCGGAAGAUGCGCACCGUGCUCGCAGCUAUGCCAUGCGGCAGUCGUGGCGGAAGAGGAAGCAGCAGCAAAAAAUAGAGCGAGAAGAAAAUGUGAAACCUGACAGACGGGGAAGACAGUUAGUUGCGAAGCCGAAAAUAGUCAAACCUCAGCCAGAUGCGGUUGGGAUUGUACUAGCGGAAUAUGAAAAGUUAAGCCAUAAGGAAAAUAUAGCAGCAAUACGAAACCUCGAUAUACUAGCGAGUACUACAGCGGAAAACAUACAAGAUGUUUAUACCGCGCCUGGACAGGAUAGCCUUUUCGACUUUGAAGCGGAAUUUUUUGAUUUUUCGAAUUUUGAUUUGCCAGCAGAGCCCUUGAUAGGGUUGGACCAUAUCUUGUCGCCUCUUGCUCUGGAUCCCUUCGACACCUUUCCGAUAAAUUUGACCACUAGACAUCACGAGCUACUGCAUCAUUGGUUGAGCUCGCAUGCUGCAAUGAUGUUUGAGGAAUCCCCCUCAAUGGAUUUUAACCCGAUGCGAGACGUCUGGUUUCCGCUAGACCUUUCGAAUGCAGCGUCAUUUUAUGGAAUCCUAGCACACGCGGCCGCGCAUCUAUCCUAUCUACAUGGCCAGAAGCAUGCAGUCGAGGUAUUGAAAUACAAGGCCGAAGCCGUGUCGUUGAUUAACAAAUGGAUGAACGACAAAGAGAGUGCGUUGAAUGAUGCAACAUUCGCAGCUGUUGUUCGGAUGCUUACUUUUGAGAGGUACUGGGGAUCUGAAGAAGCAUGGCGGAUUCACCGCGAUGGACUGGAAAAAAUGAUCCAAGCUAGAGGCGGCAUGUCCUCUCUAAAAGAAAAUUGGCGUUUAGGCUUGGUUUUGCAAUUAAUCUCCCUCAUGUCAAAACCAUCCUGGUUCUUCCCAUCAAACAAUAUUUCUGAGAUAUCAGCGUCGAUUGCCUACCUAUCAUCUCGUCACGAGGCCUCUUCUUUCACUGAUCCCACCAACAACAAUGCUGAUAUCCAAAAACUUCGAUCCCUAUGGUUAAUAUCAUUUAUCCAAGACAUGCGCAGCCUGAUGGCGAAUUCAAGCAACCUACAAUCCGAGGGACUCCGACACUACCCAUCUAUCUACGAAGCCGUCAACAUCUUGCGAACCUCCUUCUUCGAAAGCCUACAAGGCAGCAGUGACCCAGCAUCAAACCUAUAUGAACACGACCGCAUCACGUGUUUGUUCUAUAUCGGCGUAAUGAUCCAGGAAUGCGUGUCAUCUCGCUAUCACAAUACCAUCGCCACUGUAACCUCGGUAAAGCCAACAAGUCAUCUACUACUCGACUUCAUCAAUAAUAAGGAUGCAUCAUACGACCGCCUGGCCACGCUGAAUAGCGCGAUGUACGAACAAAGAUCAGUUUGGAGAGAAUCAAUCUCGCAGUUGGAGGCGUUUUUGUUAAGUCAUUUUAUGAACCAACUGGGCAAUGUGAAUCGUGCGCAGUACGUAUUGGAUAUGACAGAGGUGUUGACCUCGUUGAGUCGCGAAGCAAGGGAUGGUGUUGAGAGGUGUUUGUUGAAUAUGUUUGGCGGGAAUUAUAGUCUGGGUGAAGGGAAACAGGGAGGGUGGACAGUAGAUCAGCUUUUGAUGAGUAUUCACGGACAGUAAUUGCUACUUACAUUAAUGUUGUAUUAUUUUAUUUGUUAGGUGAUUUUAAUGUAUAUAGCCCCAAAUAUUAACAAUGAAAUUGAAAAACGUAGAAAGAUUCAAUUACGCAACGGCCCCGGCUUGUCGGGGACCAAAAAGGCAGGGACCCUUGAAAACUACUUUCCGCAUUUGAAGCCCUACUUGAUUAUAUAAGUCUUUAGCUGUAAAAUUACAGUAUUCACGACUGCAACUUUUGCUUACGUCGAGAUUUAUUAUGUUACGGCUCUAAGGAGUGAGCAUACGACCCUUUCAUUCUCUCGCUGCGACGGUUUGGUAUUUGAGGGCUAUUGAAGGUAAACAGUCCCGUUAUUUUAUCUAUUACUUGCACACUGU